CUUUCUUCUUCUUCUUCGGGUCACAUCAGAAACAAUGGGACAGCAAAAUUUGAUCUACAGCUUCGUCGCUCGUGGUACGGUGAUUCUCGCCGAGUAUACAGAAUUCAAAGGGAAUUUCACUUCCGUCGCUGCACAGUGUCUCCAGAAGCUUCCUUCUUCGAAUAACAAGUUUACAUACAACUGCGAUGGUCAUACGUUCAAUUACCUCGUCGAAAAUGGCUUCACUUAUUGUGUUGUUGCUGUUGAAUCUGUUGGGAGGCAGAUUCCAAUGGCUUUUUUGGAGAGAGUUAAGGAGGAUUUCAACAAGAGAUAUGGUGGUGGUAAGGCUACCACUGCUCAAGCCAACAGCUUGAACAGAGAGUUUGGGUCGAAACUGAAGGAGCACAUGCAGUACUGUGUGGAUCAUCCUGAUGAGAUUAGCAAACUUGCCAAAGUUAAGGCUCAGGUGACUGAGGUGAAGGGUGUUAUGAUGGAGAACAUUGAGAAGGUCCUUGACCGAGGUGAGAAAAUUGAGCUUCUAGUUGAUAAAACUGAGAACCUUCGUUCACAGGCACAAGAUUUCAGAACGCAAGGAACGAAAAUGAGAAGAAAGAUGUGGUUUGACAACAUGAAGAUUAAACUCAUAGUCCUUGGUAUCAUCAUUACCUUGAUUCUCAUCAUCAUCCUCUCGGUUUGCGGGGGAUACAAGUGUACCUAAAACUUGAAAGAAUCAGAAGAAUACGUUGCGAGGUUACCAGCCCCAUAUUGCUCUACU